UCGAACUGCAUUUGCUGUAUUAACACUGACUUAUGACACGGCGAUGUUUCUGUAACACUGAAAGCUUCCUCUGUUCGUGUGCCCCUCAGCUGAGAAAUAAUUGAAUCACAUUUAAGUGUUGUAAGAAGCAGUGCCCUGAGUAUUGAGUAUAUUCACUGAUGGCAUCCAUGCUAUCUAUGGAAAAGGGAAAAACUCUAGAAAGGGACAUAUUUUCUUGAAAAAAAAAUUGAAAAGUUGUUUAGAUAGUUUUCAUCUCAUUGUGCUAUUAUAGAGACGGUAACAACGAAAACUGAACCAUUAAUGGGACUAUUAUGUGUUUAAUAUAGGAGGAAAUGCUGUUUUUUUAACUCCAUGUGCAUCGAGAGAAAUCUGUUUUUUGUACAUUUUCUCUUUUGCACUGUCAUCAAGCAGCACUUCUGUUCAAUUUGUGUGUUUGCUCGGGCUGUUUGCUUUGGGGUGGCGUUUGUGUACUCUGUGCUUUACCCAGACCUGUCUAAAGGUUCACAGAGUUGAUUCAUGAACGUGUGUGUGUGUGUGUGUGUGUGUGUGUGUGUGUGUGUGUGUGAGAUAUCAUCAGCUCUGCCUGUCUGUGCAGUGGCUGGCCAGGCUCCUGUCAUCUCAGUGGAGCCCCGAGUUGCUACUGUGCGCCAAGGAGAGUCUGUCAGUUUUAGGUGCCAAGUGGGGAGUGGUGCACAACUAGUCCAACUGGAGUGGAGGAGAGCCCAUAACCAAGCAUUUGCAGACAAUGUGAAGGUUGAUGGGUCUGUGCUGACAGUCGCUAAGGCCCGACCUGGAAACCAGGGACAGUACCGCUGUCUUGCAUCCAAUUCUGCCGGUCGCGGCUCUGCCAGCGCCGUGCUCAACGUCAAACAUGCUCCAAAAGUGCACCUGACUCCAGCCGGGCCCCUGCAGGUCAGGAUAGGUGACCCUGUGUCAGUGGAGUGUCGUGCCACAGGCAGGCCGCGCCCCACUCUGAUCUGGAAACGCCAGGGCUCCACACUGCACCUGGUUACUGAGGAAACAAGUGAUGUCAGCACCAUACAGUGGCCUGCAGUACGUCCCGAGGACUCAGGAGUUUAUAUUUGCCAGGCUGAGAACAUUGAGGGCAUAACAGAGAUCAAAAUUCAGAUCCACGUCGUGACAGGCCUUGGAGCACCAGUGGCUUCAGUGAGCGCCACAGAAAUGACAGUGGUGGAGGGACAUGCGGUCACAAUGGAGUGUCAGGCCACUGGUUCCCCCACUCCUGUCAUCACCUGGUCCAAGCUAAGAGCACCGCUGCCAUGGAAACACACGGUGGCUGGUGGAGUUUUGACACUCACCAGCGUGGGGCGCCAGGACUCAGGGCAAUACAUCUGCAAUGCCACCAACAUACAUGGCUUCAGUGAGGCGUACACGCAGAUGGAGGUGGAGGCCCCUCCAUAUGCCACCUGCCUGCCUGAUCAGGUGAGGCUCCAACCCGGAGAUGCCCUCCAGGUGCAGUGCCUCGCCCAUGGCUCUCAUCCCAUCCGGUACACAUGGAGCCGGGUGGGCAGGGCGAGCAUGCCUCCUGCAGCAGAGACCACAAGGGAUGGCACGCUGAGGAUAGCCCGCGUCAAACAGGGCGACAGUGGCACAUACAAAUGCGUGGCAACCAACCACAUAGGCUCCAGUGAGGCACUGGCCAAAGUUAUCAUAAAAGCUUAAAUCACUCACUGACAAAACAGCUAUACAGAGAUUACACCUUCUGCAAGUCACGAUUGUUAAAAUCGUGAGGGUCAAAUGUUUAAUCUGGAGACAAUCCUGUUGAAUGCAGUCAUAUGUUUUGAUGCUAUCAUGCUGCUGCUGUUUAAACCUGUAGUAUUACUGUACAUGUCAGGAUAAUUUUAUACUUUUAUAGAAAAUUGUAAUUCUCGCUAUUGUUAUUGCUGCGGCAUAUCAGCCUUUGGAAAGCUUUUACUGGAACUCCACGGGUAUCCAGCAGCAUGUGCGUGGGAGUUGUGUCUUCGGGUGGAAUGCCUCUGCGCCCUGUCUUCCUUCCUCCCUUCAUGCCGUCAUUACACACUGCUGCACGGUUGAAAUUAGAAGGGGGGCACAAAACAAGAAAGAAUCUGAUCUAAUACAAAAGCUUUUAAAAUGAAAUCAAAUGUCAAAGUAAUAAAGACUCGAAAUUGGUUUAAUGUGUGAAAAUAAUGCCAUCAGAAAGUGAAGUUAAACCAGAAUGACUAAAAUACAUUCAUUUUGAGCUUUGGUUCAUAAAAGUGUGUUUUACUAUGUGCGCAGGAGAGCUGCUUUUAGUAUGUUCGGGGUUUAUUUGUUGUCAGUCAAUAGGUACUUAAGCUACUUAAGGUUAUUUUAGUUCCUGAUGACAAAA